CUUGGUGAUGUUGACUGUGUGUCACUAUUAUUAAUGCUGAUUGUAACAACUCAGCAACUGCGAGUUAGCUCCACACUCCUAAGGUUGCAAUAAGGAGUGUCUAUAACACUCACCUAACAGCACAUGGCUUUGCCUCUCUUGACUUGAUUGUUUGUGAAUUUGGCAGACCAAGACGGACCCUCCGAUUCAAAUGAAGUAGCUGGAGUUUCUACCAUCAGACAAAUCCAGUUAAGAAGACCGGUGUGACAAUGAGUUCGUGAUUCUUCCUGUUCAACAACUUCAAAGUCCCCUGUGCUACUGCAACUGCAAUGUCCCACCAUGUGAACUCUGCCCAUACAUGUCACCCUCUUGUAGGCCACCGAGCAAUCUUCAAUCAAAACUUCACCUCAUUGGUUUCUAUAUACAGAGAGAGCACCAGCUUUCAUCUCAAAACAAACCAAAAUCAUAAUCAGCAGCUCAGAACUUGGACACUAAGUCUUCUUCCCUGAUCAAACUUUGAGAGAAAUGGCUAUGAUGCGAGGUAUUUUGGCUGCAAGAAAGAUUCUAACAAGCAAAGCAGCUUCAACACCAAAAGGAUUUCUUGCGGUAUAUGUAGGGGAGAGUCAGAAGAAGAGAUAUAUGGUGCCAGUUUCGUUCUUGAACCAGCCUUCUUUUCAAGCUCUGCUGAGUACAGCCGAAGAAGAGUUCGGGUUUGAUCAUCCUAUGGGUGGCUUGACAAUCCCUUGUCCUGAAGAUACUUUUGUCGCUGCAGCUUCUCAGCUAUGAUAGUAGAACCAAACAGAUUUUUUUUUUUUUUUACUAGAGAAUUAGAAACCUAUGUAUAUACAAACCUUUUUCCUCUUUCUUGUUGAAAGAGUUGUUCUAAAGGAGAGAAAUUAAAUGGAAACACGAGAGUUGG